UGGUGAUUUGGACUCGUGCGGCAGCAGAUCAUCGGUACAAGCACGAGAUGUCUCCUUCACAUACAGUCCUAUAGCGGCUAAUUCGGUUUUAUAAACCCGGUAUCGCGAAGAACAGCGGCUAAGCACUAUCCGGGAGCUUCAUCUGCUCCGACUGAAGUCAAUCCAGCCUGUUUGGUGUAUUACACGGAUCAGUUCGGCGUCUGUAUUCAUGUUAUUGCGGGCGUUGUAUUGUUGAAUAUAACAGAUAAUCAUGGCGAGUGACUCUCCUGCGAGGAGUCUGGAUGAGAUCGACCUGUCUGCUCUGCGGGACCCUGCGGGCAUAUUUGAGCUGGUGGAGCUCGUGGGAAAUGGGACCUAUGGACAAGUAUAUAAGGGCCGUCAUGUUAAGACCGGCCAGCUCGCUGCAAUCAAGGUCAUGGAUGUCACAGGGGAUGAGGAGGAGGAGAUCAAAGCUGAGAUCAACAUGCUAAAAAAAUACUCCCACCAUCGAAACAUCGCCACCUACUAUGGUGCCUUCAUCAAGAAGAAUCCACCUGGCAUGGAUGACCAGCUCUGGCUGGUGAUGGAGUUUUGUGGUGCUGGUUCAGUGACAGACCUGAUAAAGAACACCAAAGGAAACUCUCUGAAGGAGGAGUGGACGGCCUACAUCUGCAGAGAGAUCCUCAGGGGUCUGACCCACUUGCAUCAACAUAAGGUCAUUCAUCGUGAUAUCAAAGGUCAGAACGUUUUGCUCACGGAAAAUGCAGAAGUCAAACUAGUUGAUUUUGGUGUGAGUGCACAGUUGGACCGUACCGUGGGUAGGAGGAACACUUUUAUUGGCACUCCAUAUUGGAUGGCUCCAGAGGUCAUAGCCUGUGAUGAGAACCCAGACGCCACAUAUGACUUCAAGAGUGAUCUGUGGUCGCUGGGAAUUACGGCUAUUGAGAUGGCAGAAGGAGCCCCUCCGCUGUGCGAUAUGCAUCCAAUGCGAGCACUUUUCCUCAUACCCAGAAACCCAGCGCCUCGUCUCAAGUCCAAGAAGUGGUCUAAAAAGUUCCAGUCGUUCAUUGAGAGCUGUUUAUUGAAGAAUCACAACCAGAGACCCAGUACUGAACAGCUCAUGAAACAUCCCUUCAUCAAAGACCUUCCCAACGAGAGACAGGUCCGAAUCCAGCUCAAAGACCACAUUGACCGGACCAAAAAGAAGAGAGGAGAGAGGGACGAGACCGAAUAUGAGUACAGUGGAAGUGAAGAGGAGGAGGAAGAGCGAGACAUAGGAGAGCCGAGCUCUAUCAUAAACAUCCCUGGGGAAUCGACCCUGAGGCGGGACUUCCUGCGUCUACAGUUGGCCAAUAAGGAGCGCUCCGAAGCCCUGAGGAGACAACAGCUAGAACAGCAACAGAAUGAGGAACACAAGCGCCAACUACUGGCAGAGAGGCAAAAACGCAUCGAGGAGCAGAAGGAGCAAAGGAGGAGAUUAGAGGAGCAACAGCGACGGGAGAGAGAUCUCCGGAAACAGCAGGAGAGAGAGCAGAGGAGGCGCUAUGAGGAGAUGGAGCAGCUCCGGAGAGAGGAGGAGAGGAGGCAUGCUGAGAGGGAGCAGGAGUAUAUCCGCCGGCAGUUAGAAGAAGAACAAAGGCAGCUGGAGAUUCUUCAACAGCAGCUUCUCCAAGAGCAAGCUCUUCUCCUGGAAUACAAACGGAAGCAGCUGGAGGAGCAGAGACAGGCUGAGCGGUUACAGCGGCAGCUGCAGCAGGAAAGGGCCUACCUUGUUUCACUGCAGCAACAGCAACAAGAGCCACGGCCUGCAGACAAAAAACAACUGUACCACUACAAAGACUCCGUCAACCCCAGUGACAAACCGGCCUGGGCCAAAGAGGUGAUGGAGAGAGCUCAGAGUAACUCCCCUCGAAUCCCUCCCAAGAAGCACCAUUCGUUUAACAGUCCUGGAGAAAAACGUGUCGGCCAACUCCUCCCUCUUGACAAGAGCUCCUCUAAUCAGCCCACGAGGCCCCCCUCCUACCCAGCAGCCUUCCACUCAAGAGAGAUAGAGCUGGCCAAGCCUCAGCUCAGGAUAGUCAGUGGGCCAAACGUUCCUAGAAUCCGUGUGUCUUGCGAGCCAGAUCCAUCCCAGCUGGUCAGGAUGGUCCAGCAGCAUCUUGAGCAAGAGUCCCGGGGCCGCAAUCCCGGACACUCCAGCAAAGGGACUGAUAUUGAGAGAGACUUAGACGUCUCAAAGGUUGAGGAACGCUCCAAGCUGAACCGCCAGAGCUCUCCGGCUCUCCAGCACAAAGUGGCCAACCGUAUUUCCGACCCCUCCCUGCCUCCCCGCUCAGAGUCCUUCACCAGUGGAGGCAUACAGCAGGCCCGGACGCCUCCCAUGCACCGCCCGGUAGAGCCUCAGAUGGCGCACCUGGUCUCUGUGAAGUCCCAUGGCUCUUCCAUGACAGGAUCCCAGUCGCUGCAUGAUCAGUCCUCUCAGGGCGUCUCAGCCUUCCAAGAGGGUCUGUCGCCUCACCGACCACCGAUGCCUCGGCAGAACUCUGACCCCACGUCAGAAACCCCCGCCCCACCACCUCGCAUUACCAGCCGAGAUGAGAAGUUUGACCGUAGCUCUUGGCUGAGACAGGAAGAUGACGUCCCUCCAAAGGUGCCCCAAAGGACCACUUCCAUAUCCCCUGCACUGGUGAGAAAAAAUUCUCCAGGGAAUGGACCGGGAGGACUGGGACCGAGAACUGGAGCACAUCUGAUCCGAGCCAGUAACCCAGACCUGCGGAUUUCCAUGGAGUCGGCUCUCCAGAGAACCAGCAGUGGUAGUUCUUCCAGUUCUAGCACGCCUAGUUCUCAGGGUGGCUCCAGCGAGAGGAACCUGGUGGGAGGCUCCAGUAAACCUGAGGGAUCCCCAGCAGUGUCCCAAGAAUCCAAGCCCAAAACCCAGGAGGAGAACAGGGAGGUGACCAGACCCAGCCGACCAGCGAGUUAUAAGAAAGCCGUAGAUGAGGUUAGUGACAUCUGCUCACUUCAUCUCUCUCUGCCCAUAUUCGUGCUCCUUACAUUCAAGCACUCGUUCGCUGUCUGUCUCAUCUAUUUCUGUCACACGCCCUCUCAUGUCUUCAAUCGUUCUCUCAUCAAUAUUUCACACCAUCUCUCAUUCCUUAACUCCCCUCCAAUCUUUGUGUCUGUCGCUCUCUUUCACAGCUUCAGACGCUGUGUCAGUCACCAUCAUUAGCUGCACAUUUCUCCAUCGCACCAAUUUGUCACAGUUCACAGUGUCAGUAAUCCUUGACACCUUCUCAGAGUUUUCACUGUUACCUAGGCUACAUCUGUCUUAGGCCACAAAAAAGGGAUUUUUUGUUUUGUUUAGAAGUAAUGUUACAUUUAGGGGUAAAAGAAGGGACCGGAAAUUGUAGCUCUUUUUUAAAGGGAU